AUGAUAAAGUCAUGUCAUGCUUGUCAACUGGUAUCACCUUCACCCCAAGAGCCUCCAGUUAUCAUGACAAAAUUACCUACUGGUCCUUUUAAAUACCUAGAAAUGGAUUUCACAGGCCCAUAUGGUCAAGAGUCAUUAUUAGUCGUGAUUGACUAUUACACCAGGUACCCUCUUGUAGCAAUAAUGAAAUCUACUACAAGCAGGUCAAUAAUCAAUCAGUUAAGUAAAUGGUUUUCUAUGUUUGGUUAUCCAAAUUCCAUCCGGACAGAUAACGCACCUAACUUGUGCAGUGAUGAGUUCAAAUCUUUCCUCUAUGAACAUGGAAUCAAGCAUUGUAGGUCCACACCCUAUUUUCCAAGGUCAAAUAGAUUGGUAGAAAAUUUCAACAAGUCAUUAAAGAAGUGUAUUCAUACGGCCAUUUCAGAAAACAGAAAUUGGAGGGAUGCAUUAAACACAUUCUUGUUGCAUUUUAGAGCAACUCCACAUUGCACAACCAAUUUCUCACCAGCAUUUUUGAUGUUCAACAGAGAAAUCAAAACUAAAAUUCCACAGUUGGAAAAAGUUCAUGUUAACAAGAAACUGAUUACGCAAGAUAGGCUUCAGAAAGAUAGAAUUCAAAAUUGGGCAAAUAAGGAUAAGUCAAAGGGUUACAAAAAAAUCAAAGUGGGGGAGAAAGUUCUCAUUCGCAGGCAUGAGGAAAACAACAAAAUGUCACCACUUUGGGGGAAAGCAAUCUAUAAGUUUGUAAAACAAACUGGUACAGCUGUAAAUUUAAUUAGUGAGAGUGGAGUCAUUUACCAAAGAAAUGUGAGUCAAGUGAAAAGUUACAUUGAUAAAAAUAACUUUCAGGGUGGUACAAAUUAG